CGCCGGGGCGAGGCCGGAGCGGGAGGCCGGGCGCGGCCCAUGGACCGGCCGCGCCUGAGGCGGAGCCCGUGGAAGGAGCCGCUCGGCCCCGGAGCGGCCGUGAGGGGCGGGAGGCGGCGCGGCUGAGCGGCCCCGGGGCCUUGCGCGCCGCCGUCCGCCGGUUCGGCUGCCCGGCACCAUGUCGGCCAAGGUGCGGCUGAAGCGGCUGGAGCAGCUGGUGCUGGACGGGCCGCAGCGCAACGACAGCGUGCUGAGCGUGGAGACCCUGCUCGACCUGCUGGUCGGCGUCUAUGCCGAGUGCAGCCGCGACUCGCCGCUCCGCCGCGACCGAUACGUGUCCGACUUUCUCGAGUGGGCAAGACCAUUUACAAAAUUGGUAAAGGAGAUGCAGCUUCAUCGCGAUGACUUUGAAAUUAUAAAAGUGAUUGGAAGAGGUGCAUUUGGUGAGGUUGCAGUUGUUAAAAUGAAGUGUACAGAGCGCAUUUAUGCAAUGAAAAUUCUAAAUAAAUGGGAAAUGCUUAAAAGGGCAGAGACAGCUUGUUUCCGAGAAGAGAGAAAUGUCUUGGUGAAUGGAGAUUGCCAGUGGAUUACUACAUUGCACUAUGCCUUUCAAGAUGAGAACUAUUUGUAUCUAGUGAUGGACUACUAUGUUGGUGGUGACUUGCUGACGCUUCUCAGUAAGUUUGAAGACAAACUUCCUGAAGAUAUGGCAAGGUUCUACAUUGGUGAAAUGGUGCUUGCAAUACAUUCCAUACAUGAGCUGCAUUAUGUGCACAGGUGCAGUCCUCCGUCGCAGUGGGUACGCCUGACUACAUCUCCCCUGAGAUACUGCAAGCCAUGGAAGAUGGAAUGGGAAAAUAUGGGCCUGAAUGUGACUGGUGGUCACUAGGAGUCUGCAUGUAUGAAAUGCUUUAUGGUGAAACACCUUUUUACGCAGAGUCAUUAGUGGAAACCUAUGGGAAGAUUAUGAAUCACGAAGAACGAUUCCAGUUUCCAUCCCAUGUUACAGAUGUGUCUGAAGAAGCAAAAGAUCUUAUUCAGCGACUUAUCUGCAGUAGGGAACGUAGGCUGGGACAGAAUGGAAUAGAGGAUUUUAAGUCUCAUGCAUUUUUUGAAGGACUUAACUGGGAUAACAUCCGAAACCUAGAAGCACCUUAUAUUCCAGAAGUUAGCAGUCCAUCUGACACCUCAAACUUCGAUGUAGAUGAUGAUGUAUUAAGAAAUCCAGAAGUGGUGCCACCAAGUUCUCAUACAGGCUUUUCUGGACUGCAUUUACCCUUUGUUGGGUUUACGUACACGACUGAUAGCUCUUUAUCUGAUAGAGGCACUUUGAAGAGUGCAGUGCAGUCUGACACUGUAACCAAAGAUGCGGAUGUACAGCGUGACUUGAAGAACACUUCACAAAUAGAAGGUUAUGAAAAGAAAAUACGGAAAUUAGAGCAAGAAAAGCAGGAUUUGAACAGAAAACUGCAAGAAUCUACGCAGACAGUGCAAAACCUCCAAGGUCCAGUGUGUGUUGCAGUAAAUACAAACCGUGAUAAGGAAAUAAAAAAAUUAAAUGAAGAAAUUGAACGGUUGAAGAACAAAUUAACAGAUGUAAGUAAACUGGAAGGACAGCUUGCAGAUGCAGUGGCUUUUCGACAAGAGCAUGAAGACUCUAUGCAUAAGUUGAAAGGACUGGAAAAGCAGUGCCGAGUAUUACGGCAAGAAAAGGAAGACCUUCAUAAGCAACUUGUAGAAGCCUCAGAGAGAUUAAAAACACAAUCCAAAGAGCUGCGGGAUGCCCACCAACAAAGAAAGCUGGCCGUGCAGGAAUUCUCUGAGCUCAGUGAGAGGAUGGGAGACUUGCGGUCUCAAAAGCAGAAACUGUCCCGACAACUUCGUGACAAAGAGGAGGAGGUGGAAGUGAGCUUGCAGAAAAUUGAUGCUAUGCGACAGGACAUCCGUAAAUCAGAGAAAAUCAGAAAAGAGCUGGAAUCCCAACUUGAAGAAGUUACAGCAGAAGCAUCAAAAGAACGCAAGCUUCGUGAACACAGUGAAGUCUUCUGCAAACAACUGGAAAAUGAACUGGAAGCUCUGAAGGUGAAGCAAGGAGGGCGGGCAGCAGGUGCCACACUCGAACAUCAGCAGGAGCUUUCCAAAAUGAAGUCUGAGCUGGAAAAGAAAAUCUUGUUCUAUGAAGAGGAGCUGGUCCGGCGAGAAGCAUCACACGUUCUAGAAGUAAAAAACGUGAAAAAGGAAGUACACGAUUCAGAGAGCCAUCAGCUUGCACUGCAGAAAGAGAUCAUGAUACUAAAGGAUAAAUUAGAGAAAACGAAGCGAGAGAGGCAUAGUGAAAUGGAGGAAGCAGUGGGAUCAAUGAAAGAGAAAUAUGAGCGUGAAAGAUCUAUGCUCUUGGAAGAUAACAAAAAGCUAACAACAGAAAAUGAGAAGCUUUGCUCCUUUGUGGACAAAUUAACAGCACAGAACAGGCAGCUAGAAGAUGAGCUCCAAGACCUAGCAGCAAAGAAGGAGUCUGUUGCUCACUGGGAAGCUCAGAUUGCAGAAAUUAUUCAGUGGGUGAGCGAUGAGAAAGAUGCUCGUGGCUAUCUCCAGGCAUUAGCCUCCAAAAUGACCGAAGAACUAGAAUCUUUGAGAAGUUCCAGUCUGGGGUCACGUACACUGGAUCCACUUUGGAAAGUGCGACGCAGUCAGAAGUUGGAUAUGUCAGCUAGGCUGGAAUUACAGUCUGCCCUUGAUGCCGAAAUUCGUGCCAAGCAACUAGUUCAGGAAGAGCUACGAAAAGUUAAAGAUGCAAACAUAUCUUUUGAAAGUAAAUUAAAGGAAUCAGAAGCAAAAAACAGAGAAUUGUUGGAAGAGAUGGAAGGCUUAAGGAGAAAACUGGAAGAAAAAUACAGAACAGAUUCAGGUCUCAAACUUCCAGACUUUCAGGAUUCCAUUUUUGAAUAUUUCAACACCUCUCCUCUUGCACGUGAUCUGACCUUCAGAACCGGCUCCAUUAGUGAGCAGGAAACACAAGGUCCCAAAUCAGAAGUUUCACCAUCUACUUCAGUUGUAACUGCAGAGCAGCAACAAGAAUUUUUUGUGAUUCAGGAACCAAUUCGGCUUCAGAGGAUGCCUGCUGCUCCUUCCCCCACCAUUCAGUCCAUUUCUCUAGCUGUACCAAAGCCUAAAGCUCACCAGCUCAAUAUCAAGUCAUUUACAAGCCCUACUCAGUGCAGUCAUUGCACCUCUCUUAUGGUGGGAUUGGUUCGACAAGGUUAUGCCUGUGAUGUGUGUUCAUUUGCAUGCCAUGUUUCCUGCAAGGACAGCGCGCCUCAGGUCUGCCCUAUACCACCUGAGCAAGCCAAAAGGCCUCUUGGUGUGGAUGUGCAAAGAGGAAUAGGAACUGCCUAUAAAGGUUAUGUCAAGGUUCCAAAGCCUACAGGAGUCAAGAAAGGGUGGCAGAGAGCCUAUGCGGUUGUCUGUGACUGUAAACUCUUCUUAUAUGAUGUGCCUGAAGGAAAAUCCACCCAACCUGGAGUUGUUGCAAGUCAAGUCCUGGAUCUCAGAGAUGAAGAUUUUUCUGUGAGCUCUGUCCUAGCGCCGGAUGUAAUACAUGCAACUCGGAAAGACAUCCCUUGUAUAUUCAGGGUGACAGCUUCUCUCCUAGGUUUGCCUUCAAAGUCUUGUUCUCUGCUGAUCCUGACAGAAAAUGAGAAUGAGAAGAGAAAGUGGGUUGGAAUUCUAGAAGGGCUGCAGUCUAUCCUGCACAAAAACAGGCUGAAAAACCAGGUCGUGCAUAUUCCACAAGAAGCCUAUGACAGUACACUGCCUCUUAUUAAAGCCAGUUUAGCUGCUGCUAUCGUAGAUCGAGAUAGAAUAGCAAUUGGUUCAGAAGAAGGACUGUAUGUGAUAGAAGUGACCCGUGACGUGAUCGUCCGUGCUGCUGACUGUAAGAAGGUGUACCAGAUCGAGCUUGCUCCCAAAGAGAAAAUCAUCAUCCUCAUCUGUGGCCGGAACCAUCACGUUCACCUUUUCCCCUGGGCCUCUCUGGACGGAUCAGAAGGAAGCUUUGACAUUAAGCUUGCAGAAACUAAAGGCUGCCAACUGAUAACAACUGGAACGCUAAAGAAGAGCUCUGCGACUUGUUUGUUUGUGGCUGUUAAACGACAGGUUUUUUGCUAUGAAAUUCACAGAACUAAACCUUUCCACAAAAAAUUCAGUGAAAUUCAGGCUCCAGGAACUGUUCAGUGGAUGACAGUGUUCAAGGACAAGCUCUGUGUUGGCUACCAGUCUGGGUUCUCUCUGUUGACCAUCCAGGGAGAUGGACAAUCUAUAAACCUGGUAAAUCCUAAUGACCCCUCACUUAUGUUCCUCUCACAGCAGUCUUUUGAUGCCCUUUGUGCUGUGGAGCUCAGUAAUGAGGAAUACCUGCUUUGCUUCAGCCAUAUGGGAGUAUACGUCGAUUCGCAAGGUCGAAGGUCACGCAUGCAGGAACUAAUGUGGCCUGCAACUCCUGUUGCCUGUAGUUGCAAUUCUUCGUACGUAACAGUGUACAGCGAAUAUGGUGUUGAUGUAUUUGAUGUUAACACUAUGGAAUGGGUCCAGACUAUUGGCCUGCGAAGGAUCAGACCAUUAAACAUGGAUGGCACACUGAACCUCCUUAACUGUGAGCCACCAAGACUAAUAUAUUUCAAGAACAAGUUUGCAGUAGGAGCUGUCCUCAGUGUACCAGAAACAUCUGACAAUAGCAAAAAGCAAAUGCUUCGAACGAGGAGCAAAAGAAGAUUUGUAUUUAAGGUUCCCGAGGAAGAGCGAAUACAGCAGAGGCGGGAAAUGCUUAGAGAUCCGGAGCUAAGGUCAAAGAUGAUUUCUAACCCAACAAAUUUCAACCACGUGGCUCACAUGGGACCAGGAGAUGGAAUGCAGGUUCUCAUGGACCUCCCACUGAGCGUCUUACCCGCUGCACAGGAUGAAAAACCGUGUCCAUCUUCAGCUAACCUCUCCCGGCAGCAGCAGCAGCAGAGAAGCAAAACCUAUAUUUCGUGGCCCUCAUCAAGUGGCAGCGAUGUGGGAGGAGCCGUACCUUCCCGAAGUAUGUCUGAUCCUGACCAGGAGUUUGACAAAGAGCCUGAUUCAGACUCCACCAAACACUCUACUCCAUCCAACAGCUCAAAUCCCAGUGGUCCCCCAAGCCCCAACUCUCCUCAUAGGAAUCAGCUCACAUUAGAUGGACUGGACCAGUCAACCUGCGAUGCAUAACGCUGCAGCUCACACCGUUCUGGCUUCGGUCACCUGCUGCUCCACGGAGUACUCAAGAGCAGGGCAAAGCUGUCUCAUAUGCUAGUGCCAAGACUGACACCGAAUCUCUAGUGUUGUACAAGAAUAAUUAUAUAUCCAGAUUGUAGAUACAAACUAUUGAAAUGAAGAAAAUUCUUUACUAGAUAGCAAUUGAGCUUUUUAUGCAGAAUUGUUCACUGCUCGGUUACGGUUGAUUCCUUUCUGCACAGCUGUGACACAGUUUUAUUGCAUAGGAGCAUUUAAGGCCACCAGUAAAUAUUGUUAUUCUUACUCUGAAAAAGAAAUAGAGAGAGAUACUGAUAAUGUUGCUACAAUAUCAGGAAUAUUAUUUUUCUAUAGAAUGAUGUAAUAUCUCGUUAGCAGGAAAUCCUUUUAGACACAAUUUGGACCUCUGGAUAGGAAAUGCAAGCAGUCUAGUUACAUCCUCAGAAAAAUACACUUCUCCCUUUUGCCCGUAAUGGUUUGUUUCCUAAAUCUUAAGGAGAAUGCUAGGAAGCUGUCGGUUGUUCCCAACAUCAGUAGUAUGACCAGGAUGUCAAAUAAAAGUUGGUUAUAGUCUUGUGGCCUUUUAAUUCAUUUAGCCAUUGCAUAUUCAGCUGCAUAACAGUCUUUCUAUCUUUCUACCAACUUUUUAGUCUUGUACAUAGGACUACUACCGGUUAUCUUUUACCCACGCCCCGCUUGUUAGUCCUCAUCAAUCACAGUCAUUAGUCAGGGCUUUUAAAAUAUUGAUAAUUACUGCUGUGAAGAGAAUUUUGCUCAUAGUUCCUGCCUCUCUCCUUUUGAGAAGUCAUUUCUCCUGGGCUUUUUGGUGUAAGGACACACUACGUUGUUAGCUAGCAGGCCUUCUCGUGGACGCGUCGCCCUUGAAGUCUGCUGGAUCUAAGGGACUCUGUCGCACUAAAAUGUCAAUCUGGUUUAUUGGUUACCAAAGUAGAAUGUGAAGGAUGUGUAACUGGGGGUGCUGCUUUUCUCAUUAAAUGUAUCCUCAUCUGCAUGAAGACCCCAUGAUUAUUAAUCAAGUAUUGAUCAUGUAGAAAAAUGCACAACACACUCCUGUAUAUUUUGCUAUGGCCCACGUGCAGUGGUGAUGUUUUGCGUGUAUAUUUAAUCUCAUGCUUCCAUGUAUUAUACAUUUAGUAAUCAAAAGAUUUGUGACCAUGUUUCAUUAAAAGCUUGUAAUUAAUUCAGUGGCUGGCAUAUCCAGUUUGUCAUUGUCACACUAGUGUGCCUUCUGUGCCAAUUUUAUGACAGUUGGAUGUCACUUAUUUAAAAUUUGGUUUAAAUGGGCUAAUGAUAUACCAAUGGCUAAUGUUCUUUUCUGAAACACUGUAUAGGAUGUGCACUUAUCUUUAGUUAAAACCAAGUGUUCUAGUCAACAUUUAAUCCUGUUACGUUAAGUGUUGGACAGUACUUGCUCUUUUUCUCAGAUUAUUGAUAAAGGGGCUCAGUUAGAGCUGGACACUACUGCUUUGGGGGUUUUCUGGUUUUUACUUUUUUAAUGUAAGUCUGAGUCUUUGUAAUUAUUGAAUUGUGAGAACAUUUUUGAACAAUUUACCUGUCAAUAAAGCAGAAGAGGGAGGUUUUAAAGUU